UUGCUCACGGAAUUCAACAUCAGCUGUGCAGUUGUGCAUUCUGGCCUGGAUCCCGUAGCCCGUACCAUGGCUGUUCAGAAAUUCAAAGCGCGGCGGGUGCGCUGUCUGCUGGUGACUGACGUUGCUGCCAGAGGCAUUGACAUCCCCUUUCUGGACAAUGUCAUAAACUUCCACUUCCCCGGCCAACCGAAGCUUUUCAUUCAUCGUGUCGGUCGGGUGGCGCGUGCCGGUCGUGCCGGUAUGGCCAUCUCCUUUGUCGACUCCGACGAGCUGCCGUAUCUGGUGGAUCUGUCCGUUUUUCUGGGCCGGCGAGUUCAAACCCAUUUGCCGGCGGUUGAAGAGCAACAACAACAGCCCGAAGGCCCCGCCACCUGGGCCAACGAACUGCUUGGCACCUUCCCGCGAGACGCACUUCGUAUUUGCCAAGAGAGUAUAGCCAAACGUAUAAAUGACAAUGCCACGCUGGUAGGUUGA